AUGCAGAACUCCUCAGCCAGCGGCGCCAAUAAUCAAGAGCAGCAUUUGCGCGCACAGCUCGAGCUCCUGAAGAGCCACGACGCGACAGGCUCAUCCUCAACUACUGCCCCCGGACCCCGUGAAUCUCGGCCUUUACAGCCCGCUCCCGCACGGCCGGCGAAUGGCUUCGAUCAUCUGUCCAGUCCUCAAGACCAACAUCGAGUUCUAGCCACGAAAGGCGAAGUUGAAGCUCACAUUCAUCCUGAUCUUCGCGCGCGAGCCAAUCACGCACCGACAGCAAACAUGAUGCCCAUUGUUCCUCCGUCUGGACAUAGUCCAGGCGCAUCUGCUGGCCCGUCAAGCGCUGCGCUUGCUCCAGCGCCCCCAGCGCCUUUAUCGGCAGACGAUCAUAUGGGAGACGGUCGCAAAGCAAAGCGGGAGCUAUCCCAAUCCAAGCGCGCGGCACAGAACCGAGCUGCACAAAGAGCAUUCCGACAACGGAAGGAAGGCUAUAUAAAAAAGCUCGAGCAGCAAGUUCGCGAUUUCACGGAUAUGGAACAGUCUUUUAAAGCAAUGCAGGCGGAACAUUACGCGCUUCGGGAGUAUGUCGUUCAUUUGCAAACGCGGUUGUUAGAGACGUCAGGCGACUACCCCCCGCCCCCACCGAAUGUGAACCUUGCUCCCGCUCAGCCAGCAUCGGCUUCAGCUAUAGCAGCUCCUGCUCCUCAUGCCGAGCCCGCGCCUAGCAAUCCAGCUGCAGGAACGCCUUUGGAGGCUGUUGCGCAAGCCGUGGCUGGUCUUGCGGCUCAGGAGCAAAUCGAGCGCCAAAGGUAUCCCUCGCCGCAUUUCAAGGCUGAGCCUUUCAAAGUUGAGCCCAGUGCUGAGGAUACAAGGACUGCUGACGAGAUCAACAAGCAAUUGCAACACUCUGAGGAACCCCAAGCACAACAACCAGCGGUCUAG